CACUGCGCCAUGGGCUUCUCACCCAACUGAUAGGCCUCUAACUGGCCAUAUUCGUGCCAUUUGCCCAUGCUUCCGAAUCCGCUCCCCGCUUGACGCGACUGCUGUUUACACCAUGCACCUGAGAUGCAGAAACCCAGGAGCAAACGAGAGGAUCUGAUAUAUCAUGCCCGUCCUCCGACGAGGCUAAGUCCCUCAUUUCGUCCCUCAGUCCUUCACCAGUUGCCUUCCUGCAUCUUCUUUGCCUGCAUUCUACGUCCGGCAUCCUGAGCCUUCUCUCUUUGAAUGUGUGGCUAUGGUGCCAUUUGAUGCAGUCGUUCUCGUCUUCGCGGUGGUCAGCAGUCUGUUGGUCUUUGUGCAUGUGUACCAUUUCCAUCCAUGGAGAUUAUGGUCCAAACAUGAAUGGCCCGUCUAUUACCUGUUCUGCUACUCCGUUGCUAUUGCAGGCGCCAUUUCUAUUACCUCUUAUUUCCGGCUGAAAUCGCAUAUUGCACUCCAGUUACUGUUGGAGUUAACCUGGCUGAAUGGUUUGGGUGGUCAAGUCUACACUUUCCAAAAGAUAUGCUCGGAAAGCUACCGUAUCGAAGUUGCCCUCAUCGCCGCGGUUGCCGUCUUAAUUCAAGUCGUGGGUUUUGGGCUCUCGCAAACUCGGUAUAGUGAAAAGGCAAGAGGCUUCUUUAUUGCUGGAGCCAUCCUGUUCCAAGUGCUUCCAGCGGGUAUUGCAGCCGAUUGCCUCCACAAGCUCCACAUCAAGACGCGGCCUUUUGUAUUUUUCACAGCUGCCUUUAUAAUCGCGGUCGCGGGCAUAUUGGGGAUCUCAGCAGUUCUCACCAAGGACUGGUUCUUUCUGGCAAACAAUAUCCUGCAAUGUUCAGUAAACUUCUUCAUAAUUGUGUUGCGAUACUCUAGGAGACUUAGGCUGAUCAACUGGCUGAUUAGUCGAACUCUGAGGCUCCGAGAUAACUUUCAGAAUGCGUCUUCGGUCACGGAGAGCUGGAAGGGGCAUACAGAACAGAUGCAGAGCCAUAUACCUCACGCCAUCGAUCACCCAGAGAGGAACACCCCGAGCAUUUCCUUAAGUACUUCUACAUAUCCCUUAUACCGAGCCCCCAGGAAAGACGAAGUUUUAGAGAUCGUCCAUGCCUCUCACCCUACGCCCACCGCGGAGGAUAUGUCUGCGCAAGUGGUGGUUGAAUCGAACACACAAAAGGGCAUCAUCCACCCUAAUAAGUUUCUGCGUUGCUAUCCUUGAAUACCCCACGCACCUUAUAGAGGACUUUUUUUCCUUUGUUCACCGAAGCUCCGUUUCAUUCUUUUCAUUCCCCGUACUUUCAUGUCUUUUAGUACCGAAUACUAGACUAUGUUCUCCGUGGUGAAUAC